GCGCUGAGGAUCAACAAUGUCGCCUCUUCUCAAAACGCGCACGGUAGAGUAGGACUCUACGAUAAGACUCAUUAUAAACCAGCGUGUGGGUGUGAAUUUAAAGCGACUUCUCUCCGACUGCUCCUGACAACAUGAUGCGCUUCCUGUUGCUGUUCAGUCGGCAGGGAAAGCUGCGAUUGCAAAAAUGGUUCACGCCGUUAACGGACCGGGAGAAGAAGAAAGUGAUCCGAGACAUGAUGAUGUUAGUGCUGGCCCGUCCACCACGUUCCUGCAACUUCCUCCAAUGGAGGGACCUGAAGAUUGUUUACAAGAGGUAUGCCAGUCUGUAUUUCUGUGCUGGUCUGGAGGACCAGGAUAAUGAGCUGCUGGCCCUCGAAGUGCUGCACAGAUAUGUUGAGUUAUUGGAUAAAUACUUUGGCAACGUGUGUGAGUUGGACAUCAUUUUCAACUUUGAGAAGGCCUACUUCAUCCUAGAUGAAUUUCUGAUGGGAGGAGAGAUCUUAGAAACCUCCAAGGUAGCGGUGGGUGUAUCUAUGGAGGAGGCUGACACGCUCCAAGAGACAAUGGAGGAAUACAUGAGCAAACCCGCCUACUGAGCCAAGACAAGAUGAGAAUUUCAAGACUUGAACCAAAGGAUUUAUUACUCUGGGAUAUUUUUACUUAGUGACUAAUAAUGACUCAUUUGGCAUAAGGCGGUGGUCUUACAAUAACCACAGUCCUGGUGAUUUUUCAUGCUUAUACUUAAGUUUUAAGAAUUGUAAUUAUAUUUGCAUCUGUAAGUGCCUUUUUUUAAACCUCAUAUUUAUUCAACUCAGGGUUUAUGACAGGAGAGAUGAGUGAAAACACUCAUAUUCCAGUUUAUCUAAAUACAUUUUUUAAAAAAUAUUUAAAUAUGUUUUUGCAACCCCAGUAAAACGUGGCAGGCAAGGCAUAUUUAUAUUUAAACCCAUGCACUGUGUGAUGGUGAGGAAAUGAAGAAACACUACACAGUAAGGAAAAAUAAAGUCAAUGCUUUAUUAACCUCAGGUAUGUCACAUAUGACCACAUUUAAGAAAGAAUUACCAAAAAAACACAAGUGAAUCUAAGGGAUCCAACACUGAUUUUGGUUGUGUGUGUCUGUGUGUGCGUGUGUGUGUGUCUGUGUGUGUGUGUGUGCUCAAAUGUAAGGCUGGUGAAUCACAUGUACUGGUUGUUUAGUACUUUUGAAAAAAAAAAAGCAUCAAAUGAAUGUCUGAACACUCAUAUUUCUGCUAAUAAAUAACAACA